AUGAUCUCUGACCAAGGGGUUUGCCCCACUAAGUUGAAACGUCCUCCUGUGAAUACGUUCGACGCAUUGCUUGUCAGAUUAGAGCAGCUCUUCCCGAGUUUCAACUCCGUGAUCCUAGUGCAGGAGGCGAUCUCCGAGCAAUUCUUUUUUGUUAACCUGGACGAUUUGAAAAAGCGAUGCGGAUUAUCCGAUUGCAGUGUGCGCGAAGAUCUCAAUGAUCGUCAUCAGUGGCCACUCUUCAUCCAGCUUCGUGAAACUCCCACACUGUUAUGGCCCCCUCCAAAACGCCUAUCACAAGUCCUCUCCGAAUUACUUCGCUACGGAGAGGAGGGAGCAUCAGCGCACCGUGGCGCUGCGAUCUUGUCGUUAGACAGCACAGAUGCGGUGCCGCUCGCAGCAUUCCUGCUCGACUACCCGGUUGCCUAUGUACCGGCUUCAGCGGACCAGACCUCCUUCCUGGCAGAUGUCUCGCUUGAUGUUUACGAAUGCGUUUUCCGUCCGGGAGUCGUCGAGGCUCAGCGGCUCAGCUUGACAAACGGGGAACAUAUCGUCAUGAAAUUUUCGUGUCCGUCCGCGAUUUACAGUGCGGAAGAGGUCGGGGAGCUCUCCGCUCCGAAACUCACGCAGCGACUCAGUGACAAGUUCGGCAAUCGACUGAGGGAGGCAGGUCUUCCCGAUAGUUUUCUCAUACGGCAUACGACACAGGUGCAUGACAGAGUUUCGCUCUGA